AUGGUCGUGUCGGGGGCUGUCCGCAGCGACACCUGCGCCGCGUACCGUCGCCUGCUGGACGCAGUGAAGCAGGUGACGCGCGACUGCCCGCUGCACAGAACGGAGGGGCUGACGAGGUACGUGGGGCUCCGCUUCUUUGACGCAGCCGAGCAAAACCGCCGCCGUUACCUGCAGCUCCGCGAGGCGGCGGACGCGCAGCGAGGCAGAGGGCGGCGGAGGAAGCUGCAGGCAAUGGAGGCCCAAUACGAGCGCUUCAUCGCGAGGGAAUUGCAGCGGGUGCGUGAGGUGGCGGAACAGAUCCUCCUCGCACCGGGCAAUCGGGCACUUACCUCCAUGUUGCAGGUCCUCGCGGCGGGCGUUGGAAACUCACACUACCAGCAUGCUAUCGAGCGGAACUAUCUUCACUACUGCGAGUUUGAGAACAAGCGGGUGGAGCGGAAUGAGGCGGAUGAGGAGGCGACGGCGGAGCGCCAAAAUCGCAUCAUGCAGCACGCCCUCAUUCCUUACGGGGAGCGUCUUCUUUUUCUCCACCGCCUGGGCGUCAAGGAUGGUCCGGGUGGUGCGCAGGAGCCUGGCAGCCUGACUUCGUGGCAGGUGACAGAGGCCAUUGCUGGGACCCGCAGCGGUGUUUCCGCACACCACAUGUCGCAUGGAAAGGAGGACGUAGUUGUCGAGGUCGACGAGACGUACAAUAAGCAAAUUGUCUACGUGCGGUGUGAGCCGUACGACUGGGAUCGGGAGGUGGAGCGGGUAGAAAUCACGGAGUCGGAGGAGGUGCGUGGCACCGUCUUCCACGCGGAGUACUUCAGCGUGGCGCAGCGUCUCUGCGACGCCUUGUUGGCAGAGACCCCGUUGCACGCCUACCGUUCCACGGUUGUGGUUGGCCACGGCGUUGGAGGGGCGGUGGCGUUUUGUUUGGCGCUUCUGCUGCAUGUCCGUGGCUUUGACGUAAAGAAUUGUGUGACCCUCGGCGCGCCAAAGGCGGUUCAGCAGACGCUUGAGCGCUACAUUCAUGCCAUCAGCCCUGUCCGCGUCGUGCUGGAGGGGGAUCCGCUGAUUGACCUGCCGGUGACGGGGGCCGAGGGGGAGGUGUUCGUGCACUACGGCGAGAUUUUGCAGAUGGCCUCCGCCGCAACGUCGCAGCAGGAGGUGGAGGACGCGGAAGAAGCGCGGCGGCGGGCGAGCACCGGUGACGGGAACGAGGGGGAAGAAGGACGGCGAGAGGUGCAUGUGGCGGCUGCGAGUGAGGCUCUCACCGCGGACGCACUCAGUGACUUUUUGGACCCCGCGCAGCACCCGCCGCCGUCCUGUGAGACAAGUGAGGCCCCAAGGAAUGACGCGGAGGAAGUACAGGCCGACGAGGAAGUGGAGGAAGACGAGGAAGACGCAGCGGAGUUUGGUCGGGUAGCGAGAGAACGGUAUGCGGCGGGCUUCUUGCCGGAAGACUAUAUCGGGCGACUUGUCGAUACUACGGUGCCGUUGACGUACGCCGAGGGUGACGAGGUCUGGGACGAGGGCGACUACGCGCAGAUGCGGCGCGAAUCAGCGCUACACCCUCACGCGCCCAACUCACAUGAGUGA